GCGGGGCCGGCGCGCGCGGCCCGGCCCACGGUCUCACGCGCGUUUCGCGGCGGCGGCUCCCGGCGGUGUGGCGGCAGCGCCUCCCCCUCCCCGCACGCUCUGCCCGCGCUGCUCCCACCGCAGGGCCCGGUCGUUACAGAGUCACCGAAUCUGUAGGGCUGGAAAGGACCUAUCACUGAGCACAGCCUGGCUCCAGUCUCCUCGCACCCACUCUUUAUGUAUUUGUAAACAUUAAUGAGGUCACCCCUCAGUCUCCUCCAAGCUCAAGAGCCCCAGCUCCCUCAGCCUUUCUUCACAUGGGAGAUGAUCCACUCCAUCAUCUUGGUGGCCCCGUGCCAAGUUCUCUCCAGCAGCUCCCUGUCCUUCUGGAACUGAGGGACCUAGAACUGGACACAAUAUUGCAGAUGCGUUCCUCUGCGGCUUUAGGCACGUUUGCUGGAGUGGUGACAGCAGCUUUGCUAGAUGGUAGUGUCUCACCCAGAGGUGAAAACUGGGCUGUAACUCAGGGCUGCAACAGAAGAUCUGCCUGGCAGGAAAGCUUUGGUUAUACUGUAGGAGGAAAGGAGGAGGGAGUCAGGCACAGGGACAUUCUGGCUUCUCAUAAGAUUGAGGUGGACGCCCUUACCAAGGAGAUGGAGGACUUUGAACUCAAGAAAGCUGCUGCCCGUGCCGUGACGGGAGUGCUGGCCUCCCAUCCCAACAGCACUGAUGUGCACAUCAUCAACCUCUCACUGACCUUCCAUGGGCAGGAGCUAUUGAGCGACACCAAGCUGGAGCUGAACUCUGGCAGGCGAUACGGGCUCAUCGGGCUCAACGGGAUCGGGAAAUCUAUGCUUCUGUCAGCGAUUGGGAAACGAGAGGUGCCCAUCCCAGAGCAUAUUGACAUCUAUCACCUGACCAGAGAGAUGCCUCCCAGUGACAAGACCCCUCUGCAGUGUGUGAUGGAGGUGGACACAGAGAGGGCCAUGUUGGAACGAGAGGCGGAGCGUCUGGCUCAUGAAGAUGCGGAGUGUGAGAAGCUGUUGGAGCUGUACGAGCGCCUGGAGGAGCUGGAUGCUGACAAGGCGGAGGCGCGGGCCUCGCGGAUCCUGCACGGCUUGGGCUUCACACCAGCCAUGCAGAGGAAGAAGCUGAAGGACUUCAGUGGCGGCUGGCGAAUGAGGGUGGCUCUUGCUAGAGCCCUCUUCAUUCGGCCUUUCAUGCUGCUGCUAGACGAGCCCACAAACCACCUCGACUUGGAUGCCUGUGUGUGGUUGGAGGAAGAGCUGAAAACGUUCAAGCGGAUCCUUGUGCUGAUAUCCCACUCCCAGGACUUCCUGAAUGGUGUCUGCACCAACAUCAUCCACAUGCACAACCGCAAGCUGAAGUACUACACGGGAAACUACGAUCAGUAUGUAAAGACUCGCUUGGAACUAGAAGAAAAUCAAAUGAAGCGAUUCCACUGGGAGCAAGACCAGAUUGCCCAUAUGAAGAACUACAUUGCACGGUUUGGCCACGGCAGUGCGAAGCUGGCCAGGCAAGCGCAGAGCAAGGAGAAGACCCUGCAGAAAAUGAUGGCUUCUGGCUUGACAGAGAGGGUCGUGAAUGAUAAGACUUUGUCAUUCUAUUUCCCACCCUGUGGGAAAAUCCCUCCUCCUGUCAUCAUGGUGCAGAAUGUCAGCUUCAGAUACACCAAGGAUGGGCCAUGGAUCUAUAAUAACCUGGAGUUUGGGAUUGACCUGGACACCCGUGUAGCUCUUGUUGGACCCAAUGGAGCUGGCAAGUCUACACUGCUGAAACUACUCACAGGAGAGCUGCUGCCCACAGAUGGGAUGAUUCGCAAGCACUCCCAUGUGAAGAUUGGCAGAUACCACCAGCACUUGCAAGAGCAGUUGGACUUAGACCUCUCACCACUGGAGUACAUGCUGAAGUGCUACCCAGAGAUCAAGGAGAAGGAGGAGAUGAGAAAAAUCAUUGGCAGAUAUGGUCUGACGGGGAAGCAGCAGGUGAGCCCCAUUAGGAACCUCUCUGAUGGGCAGAAGUGCCGUGUGUGCUUUGCCUGGCUAGCCUGGCAGAAUCCUCACAUGCUUUUCCUGGAUGAGCCCACCAACCACUUGGACAUAGAAACAAUAGAUGCUCUGGCAGAUGCCAUCAAUGAAUUUGAAGGAGGAAUGAUGCUCGUCAGCCAUGACUUCAGACUCAUCCAACAGGUUGCGCAGGAAAUCUGGGUCUGUGAGAAGCAGACAAUCACCAAGUGGCAAGGAGACAUCCUCGCCUACAAGGAGCAUCUCAAGUCCAAGCUGGUGGAUGAGGACCCACAGCUCACCAAAAAGACCCACAACGUGUGAGCUGUGGGGCAGUGGGUCAGGUGCCCUCCCUGGAGACCGACAGGGGCCAGCACGGCUCAGCCUGCCACCGGGGACGGGACGGGACGCCGCUGCUGUCUCUGGCUGUGUUCUAGGAUUGCUGCAAUACUGCUUCCCCUUGACUUGCCUUGCACCUCUGCGUCUGGACAGAGCUCUUCUCUCCUGAUCUGGCUGCGUUUGGGCAACCAUUUCCAUAUUUAGGCGACGUCCCACCUGAGCCAGGCCCCUGGGGUCACGGCGGUGGCAGUUGGGAUGUCUGAGCUGCAGCGCUGCACACGUGGAGACCCCAGCCCAGCUUCUGACGCCUUGUCCUUCCCAACUUCUGCUUUGGUUUAGAUACUUCACUUUAAAACUCCUCUGGCCUUGAUUUGUUUUUAACUAUUAUUUAUCAGUGUAAUUAACAGAUCUGCCUGAGAAUCUACCAGUCAAUAAAGAGGGAAGAACA